UACUGACCAUGGCCACCCAGUGCAUGGACACGCUGGCCAAUAUGGCGUUCUCAACUGUUACAUUCUCAACUGUUACAUGAUUUGUCAUGCAAAUUUACCACCAAGAUCGCCACGAUUAAGCUGUUUCGCAUGACAAAUAUCCGAAGGGCUAGACUGACAGCAUGCAAAUCUGUGCCAAAUCUGUAAUGCAAAAGGCGCAAUCUUGUCCCUUUCACUUUCGCCGUUCUUGCAUUACAAAUUCAUGUAACAGUUGAGAAUGUAACAUUUGAGAACGCCAUAGCCAAAACCGCCCCGCCGCCGGCCGCGGGGGAGAAGGCCGCCGCCGAGGCCGCGGCGGCGACUGGUAACGCUAAUAGCAACGCCGCGGCGGGCCAGGACCGCAAGACGGUGAGCAUCUGGGACGCGGAAAGUUUGAACUGGCGCAACAACACGCCCAACAAGGACGAGAAGGGCAACGAUUUGAAAGCGCGGAUGGUGAAGGUGGGCAAGGACGGCAAGGUGGGCGACGUCCUGAAAAAACUGCUGGUGGUGAUCGGGGUCUCCGCGGAGAACGUGCCCAAGUUCGACAUGUACCUUCCGUCGAACAUGAACCAGCCCGUCCCCCAGGACGCCAAGGUGUGGACCGUUCUCGGCGCCACCGAUCGGUUCAUCCUGCGCAGGCGCUGGAUCGGCGCGAAGGAGAAGGUGAACGCGGCGGACUCGCGGUUCUCCUCGUUGACCGUGCUGCAGGCCUUCCAGCAGUAUUUAGACUACCGCAUCCAGGAGGAUGUGCAGACGUUGGCCGUGUGUGCGGCGGCUUGCGCGAUGGUGAGGCAGCCGAAAAAGGAGAAAGUGAUCGACGAGAAUACAAUUUCCUCCCUGGUCCCCGCUUUGGCGUUGGAAGAGCGGGGGAAGGCGACCUGGGUGAAGGAGGUAAAAGAGGCGUACGACAGGGAAUUUUUGCAGUUGGUCUCGGACGGGGCCACCCGGCUGGACCAGUUGCAGCGCGCGUUUUCUCGGCUGCAAAGCAUGCGCGGGUUCGGCACGGUGCAGGUGCGCGCGAAGCAGCUGCCCCAAGAGAAGCCGCGGAGCCUCGCGCUGCCGCCAAACAGCGAGGCGCUGAUGGACCUCGGCGCCCCGAGCCUGAUCGUGGCGGUCGGGCUGUCCGGGCUGACGCUGUGCGCGGAGCGGGACGGCCGCGAGCUGGCGCGGUUCGGCAUGACGGCCGCGAACAGUCACCGGGUGACGGGCUGGGCGGGCGACGGACAGAGUCUCAGCUGCGCCAUCCAGAUUCCCAAGGGACCCACCUACAUCGUUUUUCAGAUGGACCAGGGCGUCUUGAUAGCCAACAUGUUGGAAUCCCUGCGAAAGGAGUUGGGCACAACCGGGGCAGUGGUGACAGCAGGCGGACCGGGUGGAGGAGCCACCGUGGUGACCCCGCCACCACCCACUCCAAGCACGACACAAGCGCGACCAGCAGCUCCAGCCGCUAGCACCGCGACCAGUGCAGGUGGUGCAACAAGUUCCUCCGCGGAACCCACCCCCCGGACAGGAGAUGAAAAUACUAAACCCGCAGCUGUACCAACUUCGACCCCCGCGCCCGCGGGAAAGGUGUCCAUUCCUCAGCGGGCACCCACAGGAGCCGCCGAAGGAGCGCCAGCGGAUAGCAAAGCCCCAGCCGCGCGACCCGGGUCGGCCACCGUCAACACCCCCGGCGAGGGCCCCAUCGCGAUCACGCCGUUCACUUGCGAAGAGGUAAAGAAGGACCGCGAAGCUAGGAAGGAAAAACGAGAAGAAAAAGAAAAGAAAGAAAAGAAGGAGAAGAAAGAAAAAGACAAUGCGGACGACGAUGCAGGAGGCGAAGAAAAGGACAAAAAGGAGAAGAAGCAAAAGGACGCGAAAGAAGACGGCGGGGAAAGCAAGAAGGAGAAAAAAGAGCGAAAGUCGCGCGAAGAGGGGGACGACGCGAAAAAGAAGGAGAAGAAAGAAAGAAGGUCACGCGACGACGCCGACGGUAAAGAAAAAAAGGAAAAGAAAAAAGAAAGGAAGUCGGCGGGCGACGGUUCAUAGUCAAUAUGAAUCGUUCGUCGGGAUAAAGCUCAACAGAAAGCAUUGGAUCAAGCACACGGUCCCAACUCAGAAGUAACUUAUUCUUAUUUGCUUCUAGUUCUAAGACGACCUUCAGAAGAUGCAGAAUAAUAAGUAGAUACGCCUUCAUUAUGGAGGCGUGCAAAAUUCGCGUUCAUCUUUUCGGGCUUUCGCGCACUACUGUUUAGUGUGUGUUGGUCAAAAAUGAAUCUUCAACCACUCUCGCCAGUGUCGUUGUAUUUGGUUUUGCUGUUUUGCAUACGAGUAAAAAACAUGGAUAAACAGUAAAACACCUUUUUCUAAGUACUUCCCUGUAAACAGAUUUUCAUAUAAUACGUUCACGACCCACACCCAUGGGAAUUUCGUUUUUUGUAAAUGGCCAUUUUGACUCCCCCUCCCUAUCACAUUCUGCUUGUGCAACAGCACUACGUGACUGAGUCAUUGUCAAUCUAUGACAUCAGUCUCUCUGUAACGAUGCCGAAGACGCAUACAGCGCGAAGGACGAGGAACAAGUAGGACGCUACCAUAAUAAAUAUUAUUAUCUUUUUCGUUCUCGUGUCUAGGUCUACUUGUAGUUCAACAGAGUCAAAAU